UCCCAGUUCCCUCCACGACAAAGUUAUCAACCUCGCUUCACAUGCGUGCCUCCCCACUCACCACGUCAUAAAACUCGUACACACCCACAAAUACACGAGCCCACAACGCACCGAGACGGGCAGAGAGAAAGAGAGAGAGAUUGCAAAUAUGGGGGGGCAUGAGGAAGAGGUGGGGGAGGAAUAUUUGUUCAAGAUAGUGCUGGUUGGUGACUCUGCGGUAGGCAAGUCCAACCUCUUGUCACGCUUUGCUCGCAACGAGUUCGAUACCAACUCCAAGGCCACAAUUGGCGUGGAGUUCCAGACCCAGGUGGUGGAGAUUGAUGGCAAAGAAGUCAAGGCCCAGAUCUGGGACACUGCUGGCCAAGAACGUUUCAGGGCUGUCACCUCUGCUUACUACAGAGGCGCUGUGGGUGCCCUCAUUGUUUACGAUAUUAGUCGGAGGACUACCUUUGACAGUGUCAAGCGCUGGCUCGAUGAACUCAGCACUCAUUGUGAUACCACAAUGGGGAGAAUGUUGGUUGGGAACAAGUGUGAUUUGGAGAAUAUAAGAGAGGUAAGUGUGGAGGAGGGCAAAAGCCUAGCAGAAGCAGAAGGAUUGUUCUUUAUGGAGACAUCUGCACUUGAUGCUACUAAUGUGCAAACUGCAUUUGAGAUUGUUAUCCGGGAGAUUUACAACAAUAUCAGCAGAAAGGUUCUGAAUUCUGAGUCUUAUAAGGCUGAAUUGUCGAUGAAUCGAGUAAGCCUGGCCAAUGGUUCUGGCUCAUCCAAGCGAUCUUUCUCUUGUUGUGCUAAUUGAUCUUUUGUUCUUUCAGUUUCACAUUAAACUUAAUUAGGGUACCUCUUAUAUACCUCUUUGUACUCUUUUCUCUUUCUUCCUGUUUGAUAGUUACCUCUCAAUACGGUCUCUCGAGUGACCAGUUUAUUUUAUUGGUUCUGGUGCUUUUCAUUAAUUGAUCUGUAUUAGAUGAGAUUGGACUUGGAAUUCU